CCAACCAGGCUUUCCAUGCCUCAAAUGUUGUAGCUUAAAAAGUCUCAUUAGAUCAGUGCUCACUGCCAUCACUCUUUGCGGUCACAAGUAGCAACAGAUGCUGUUCCACCCGGACAUAUUUAUGGUUGUACACAAACAAAGCGGCACUAUCGCUCGCGUCGGGCAUUGAACUCUUUUGCGUUUGAAAUGCAUUUGCUUGACGUAGCUAGCUACAAUUCCUCAUAUACCAAGAAUAACAUUGUAGCCUGAUUAAAACCAAACCGAAUAAUUCCUUAUGGCAAGAAUAUAGCUAUUGAACAUUAGCCAUGCAAUGCAACAAAGACAGUGCUAAGAUUAAAUUCUACACCUGCAGUUGUUUUUGCACGGACAAUAUUUUUCUGGAGGAAUACAAACUUCAUGUUCGAUUUAUCUCUGAGCAGCAGUUCAGAACAGAUUACCAGGCGGUCUUAUCAACUCUCGGGUGUUCAACUGACGUGCAAUUCGGCAUUAUCUUAAAGAAGAUUGAGACAGAAAUUGACAGGCGUCGACAGCUCGGUGUGAAAUCAGCAGAGAGAGCUGCUUCCAUAAAGAAGAUUUAUAAACCAUUACACAAAGAGGUGUACUUCUUACAGCAAUCCUACUUGGCCCCUGAAUUUUUGCAAAUUGUGAACUACAGUCGUUCAGAUAAGGCAAGCAAAGAGGGCCUGCUGGAUUUCAUCUUGCCAUUGGCAGCACCAAGAGUGUAUCGUUUCCCAGUCUUCACUAAGAAAUUCUGUGAUGAGUUGAUUGAAGAGCUGGAGCAUUUUGAGCAGUCUGAUGCACCCAAGGGCAGGCCCAACACCAUGAACAACUAUGGGAUCCUUCUGAAUGAGCUGGGAUUUGAUGAAGGAUUUAUUACCCCUCUGCGUGAGAACUACCUUCGGCCUGUGGCAGCAUUGCUAUACCCUGAUUGUGGAGGCCACUGCCUGGAUAGCCACAAGGCUUUUGUGGUGAAGUACGCCAUGAAUGAGGAUCUGGAUCUCAGUUACCACUAUGACAAUGCUGAGGUCACUCUCAAUGUCUGUCUGGGCAAAGAGUUCACAGAAGGAAAUCUGUACUUUGGAGACAUGAGACAGGUCCUUCUGAGCGAUUCUGAGUGUGUGGAAGUGGAGCACCAUGUGGCGGAGGGUCUGCUCCACCGGGGGCAGCAGAUGCACGGCGCCCUGCGCAUCUCCUCUGGCCAGCGCUGGAACCUCAUUGUGUGGAUGCGGGCCUCGCGUGAGCGCAACAGACUCUGCCCGAUGUGCAGCAAGACGCCCCGCCUCGUUGAAGGCGAGGGAUUCGCAGACGGGUUCACUGACGAGGCGCAGAGUGGUGCUUCUCAGAACACAUCCUGUGUCUUAAAUUAGUGCUGCUGUUUGUUUGAGCAGUAAUGGGAAAUAUGUUUAUGUGCCAUGUGUGGUUACCCUGUGUUAAUUGUAUGUGUUGAGUGUAGUGUGUAAUUGAUGGUACUUGAGUACCAUCUGUGGCAUCUACAAAGUUUUGACACAAGAGUUUUGAUUCUUCUGUGACCACAGUAUGCCAGCUGGAUCCCUAUGAGGGCUUUGUUGUUAUGAGUGAG